UUUGCCGACGGACGGAAUGUUGCUGACGGCCGGCGUUGUGACAGCUGUGCGCGGGGCCUGUCACAGGACUACGGGCAGUUAGACUCCCAGUCCCAUCUCAUACAAGCCAGUGAGUCUUAUAUUUGGAACCUUUUUAUUGCUUCAAGGCUACGCUUCAGGGUUAGUUAUAGCCGCGGCACAAACCCGCUGCGAAUGCCUUGACCGCCGGCCCGAAUGAGGUGACCAUUUUCGGAGUUGCUGAGUGAGUGAGUGAAAAUUUGUUGGUCCGUCACCACGUACUUCAAGUCAAGGCGUCCUUGGGUGCUGUCCAGUUAUAAAGUUUGACAAGCGAGAUGUCUGGACCGACGUUCAACUUCUGUGGGCAUGACGUCAUUAUCCACGAGCAGCUGGCGGACUGUGGAGUUGGGGCGACGAUCUGGGAUUCGUCGAUCAUACUGUCCCGGUUCAUGGAACAAACAGAGCUGGAGUUGGAAGACAAGUCCGUGUUGGAGUUAGGAGCGGGAACUGGGCUAGUCAGUAUUGUUGCAAGCCUAUUGGGUGCUAAAGUGACGACCACGGAUUGCGGGGAGACUCUCCCCUGCGCUCGGGGAAACGUGCCGAGAAACACCGAGCUCCGAGCCAAGCACGAGCCGGUCGUGCGCCGCCUGGAGUGGGGAACCACAGACCUGGACGACUUCGGUCCAAAGUACGACUACAUCAUGGGAUCCGACAUUAUCUACAAAGAGGAGACCUUCCAAGAUCUGUACAAGACCAUCAUGCACCUGGCCGGAGCGGAAACAGUUCUGUACCUAGCCGGAAGGAUCCGGUUCUCCGUAGACGAAGACUUUCUGGACACGUUAAAACACGACUUCUACCUCAGCUGUGUUUAUGAAGACACAGACAGAGAGGUGUACAUAUAUCGUGGCGAAAAGUUGAGAAAUUCAUGAAAAA